AUGGCCUCGGCAGAGUUGCAGGGGAAGUACCAGAAGCUGGCUCAGGAGUACUCGAAGCUCCGGGCUCAGAAUCAGGUCUUGAAGAAAGGUGUCGUGGAUGAACAAGCGAAUUCUGCUGCUUUGAAGGAACAACUGAAAAUGAAGGAUCAAUCACUGAGGAAACUGCAGCAGGAAAUGGACAGUUUGACAUUCCGAAAUCUGCAACUUGCCAAAAGGGUCGAGCUACUUCAAGAUGAACUGGCUCUAAGUGAACCCCGAGGCAAGAAAAACAAGAAAAGUGGAGAAUCUUCUCAAUUGAGUCAAGAACAGAAGAGUGUCUUUGAUGAAGACCUGCAAAAGAAGAUAGAAGAGAAUGAACGCUUGCAUAUACAAUUUUUUGAAGCCGAUGAGCAGCACAAGCACGUGGAAGCAGAGCUGAGGAGUCGGCUGUCCACUCUGGAAAUGGAGGCGGCUCAGCACCAAGCUGUGGUCGAUGGCCUGACGCGGAAAUACAUGGAGACCAUCGAGAAGCUGCAGAAUGACAAGGCUAAACUAGAGGUAAAAUCUCAGACUCUAGAAAAGGAGGCCAAGGAAUGUCGACUUCGGACAGAAGAAUGUCAGUUACAGUUAAAGAAUCUUCAUGAAGAUUUGUCAAGUAGAUUAGAAGAAUCCUUAUCAAUCAUCAAUGAGAAACUACCUUUUAACGAUACAAAAUAUAGCCAAUAUAAUGCUCUGAAUGUUCCAGUCCACAAUAGGAGACAUCAGCUGAAGAUGCGGGAUAUCGCUGGGCAGGCCCUGGCUUUUGUUCAAGAUCUUGUCAAGGCUCUUCUGAACUUCCACACCUACACAGAACAGAGGAUUCAGAUUUUUCCUAUUGAUUCUGCCAUUGACACAAUAUCUCCAUUGAAUCAGAAGUUCUCACAGUAUCUUCAUGAAAAUGCAUCCUACGUCCGCCCUCUUGAGGAAGGAAUGCUUCAUUUAUUUGAAAGUAUUACUGAGGAUACUGUGACCGUCCUGGAGACAACUGUGAAAUUGAAAACUUUUUCAGAGCACUUAACCUCUUACAUAUGUUUUCUUAGGAAGAUUCUUCCUUAUCAGUUAAAAAGCCUAGAAGAAGAAUGUGACGCUUCCCUUUGCACGUCUGCAUUACGAGCCAGGAAUCUAGAGCUGUCCCAGGACAUGAAAAAGAUGACAGCUAUGUUUGAGAAGCUGCAGACUUACAUUGCUCUUCUUGCCUUGCCAAGUACAGAGCCAGAUGGACUUCUUCGGACAAACUACAGUUCUGUGUUAACAAAUGUUGGUGCUGCUCUUCAUGGAUUCCAUGAUGUCAUGAAAGAUAUUUCCAAACAUUAUAGUCAAAAGGCCACAAUAGAGCUUGAACUUCCAACAACAACACAGAAGCUCAUAACAACUAAUGACUGCAUCCUGUCAUCAGUAGUGGCACUAACAAAUGGAGCAGGAAAGAUUGCAUCCUUCUUCAGCAACAACGUGGACUUCUUCAUUGCUUCCCUGAGCUAUGGGCCCAAGACAGGGAGUGGAUUCAUCAGUCCUCUUUCAGCCGAAUGCAUGCUGCAGUAUAAGAAAAAAGCUGCUGCCUAUAUGAAGGCUUUGAGAAAGCCCCUCUUGGAAUCUGUGCCUUAUGAAGAAGCUCUGGCAAACCGCAGGGUCCUUCUCAGCUCUACUGAAAGUCGAGAAGGCCUUGCACAACAGGUUCAGCAGAGUUUGGAGAAGAUUUCUAAACUGGAGCAGGAAAAAGAACACUGGAUGUUGGAAGCACAGUUAGCUAAAAUCAAGCUGGAGAAAGAAAACCAGCGAAUUGCAGAUAAACUGAAGAGCACAAGUAGUGGUCAGGUGGUCGGGGUGGCCCAGGAAAAGGCUGCCGUGGUGACUGCUACGGGCCAGGAGGACGCGUCGGCUAAGUCUGUGCCAGAACCCAUUCACAGCACCAGUGAGAUUGGAAUUUUAACCAGGACAUCUGACAGUGAGGCUCCAGAUGUGGAAUCUCGGGAAGACUUAAUCAGAAAUCACUACAUGGCGAGGAUAGUGGAGCUGACGUCUCAGCUGCAGCUAGCUGACAGCAAGUCAGUGCACUUUUAUGCUGAGUGCCGAGCACUCUCUAAAAGACUGGCCUUGGCUGAAAAGUCUAAAGAGGCACUGACAGAAGAGAUGAAAGUAGCCAGUCAGAACAUUAGCCGACUUCAGGAUGAGCUGACGACUACCAAGAGGAGCUACGAGGACCAGCUCAGUAUGAUGAGCGACCACCUGUGCAGCAUGAACGAGACGUUGUCUAAGCAGAGAGACGAGAUCGACGCGCUAAAGAUGUCCAGUAAGGGAAAUUCUAAAAAGAACAAGAGUCGAUAG